CUAGCAAAAUUCCAACCGGAAGGAUCCCAUACCUAGUACAGACCAUGUAAGCGUAGGUAGCACAUGCCUUGGUAAUGUCUGUGAAUGUUAAUUUUUCAAAGUGUGUUUGGAAACAUGUGUACUUAGCCGACGUUGCAUGAACCCUACCUACCUAGGUGCCUAGUAUUAUUUUACUGCAUCGAUGUAAGCGGAUAGGCACCUUCUUCAUUUAACCAACGGAAGCCGUCGAGGGAGCGAAUGCCCUCCACUCUUCCGUAGGUUUCGUGCAGGAGGUGCGGGAGCCACUGCCGAGUCCCACCUACCGGUAUUACCGAGUCGAGCCAGAAUAAGACAAGCGUUGCUCCUCUCCCCAUCUCCAUCUCCAUCUCCAUCUCCAUACUCAUAUUCAUCCCUCUCUUCUCUUUUCUCAGCCGCCAAACUGCAACCCCCGCAGUUCCAAGAAAUCAUAUUGAGUAGCGAUAUUCUAGGUAUAUUCUAGGUAGUCAAAAAACCAUGUAUCAGGAACAAAAGGCCUCUCUUAGAGAGACGACAUCCCCGCCGAGUGGUGAUGAGACGGAUAUCGUCCCGAUCGAACCAACCACGGCCCUCGCCCACCCGCCGCCGCCUGACGGUGGUUUUGGAUGGGUUCAGGUCGCUGUCGGACAUCUCGCUUUGUUCAACACUUUCGGCUGGUUCAACAGUUAUGGCCUUUUCCAGGACUACUACACCUCUGAGCUGAAUCUGCCGCUCUCUGUCGUGUCAUGGACCGGCAGUGUGCAGGUAUUCUUACUCGCUGCUAUUAGCAUGUUCACCGGCCGCCUCUUCGAUGCAGGCUACUUCCGCUCCCUGAUCGCCAUGGGCUCCUUGAUGCAGCUGAUCGCAAUAUUCACGGCUUCCAUUGCGUCCGAGUACUGGCAACUCUUUCUCGCCCAGGGCAUAUGUGGCGGUCUAGGCGCCGGCCUUCUCUACUGUCCCAUCAUCUCGUGCGUCGCCACUUACUUCUCCCGGAAGCGUGCGCUGGCUAUCGCGCUUGUCACGAGCGGAGGUGCGACGGGAGGGACGAUUUUUCCUGUGAUCGCUCAGCAACUGUCGGACAAGAUUGGGUUUCCCUGGACGAUGAGAGUAAUGGGAUUCGUGGUUUUGUUUAACGCUGUUCUCAUGCUGAUGUUCGCGCGCACCCGCUUGCCGCCUCGGUCAAGCGGUCCGGUUGUGGAGUGGGCCGCGUUCAAGGAGCUGUCGUAUUCGCUUUACACGGCGGGGGCGUUCUCCCUCCUGAUGGCCGUGUAUCUGAUCUACAACUACAUAAAUCACUACGGAAGGGUGGUCCUUGGCAUGGAUGAGACCGCAUCACUCAAUACUCUUCUCAUUGCUAAUGCAGUCGGCGUCCCCGGGCGAAUCCUACCUUCGCUCCUCUCCGAUGCAUACCUCGGACCAUUCCGAACGCUCGUACCCCUUACCAUGGCCUCGGGCGUGUUGUACUUUGGCUGGAUCGGCGUGCGGGAUCCGAGUUCGCUGUACGUGUUCGCGGUGCUGAGCGGAAUAGUAAACGGCGGCGUCCAAACAAUCUCGAUGGCGGGCCUGCCGUGCCUGACUACAGAUAUGACCAAAGUCGGCACGCGCACUGGCAUGAUCAUCACCGUCGGCUCCUUCGCCGCCCUAACGGGCCCGCCCAUCGCUGGGGCGCUGAUCGAUGCUGCGGGGGGUAGAUAUCUGUACAUGCAGAUAUGGGCCGGCUGUAUGAUGUUGUUAAGUGGAUGCUUUGUUGCGGCUUCGUGGUGUGCGAUGAAGUAAAAAGGGUAAAAGGGGGGUUAAGCGAAAUAAGUAUCGGGUAUUGGG